UUUCCCUUAGGGAAUGUGUCGGAGGCCGGGAGUCGAGCCCCGAGGGUUUCCACUACAGGGAUGAGAUGUCCUAGUUACAGGGGCUGGGACCAGUUUAUCACUACGAAUCAGUCAUGGCUGAUGACUCUCAGAGAAAUUUUCGCUCAGUGUAUUAUGAAAAAGUGGGGUUUCGUGGAGUUGAAGAAAAGAAGUCACUGGAAAUUCUAUUAAAAGAUGACCGUUUGGAUAUUGAGAAGCUUUGCACAUUUAGUCAGAGGUUUCCACUCCCAUCCAUGUAUCGUAUACUGGUGUGGAAAGUGCUUCUAGGAAUUAUUCCUCCUCACCAUGAAUCUCAUGCUUUGGUGAUGAAGUAUCGGAAGGAGCAGUACUGGGAUAUACACCAUGCCCUUCGUGUAAUUCGCUUUAUUAAUGAUUCUACCCCACAGGUAGAUGUUUUCCUGCGCAUUCAUCAACUGGAAUCAGGAAAAUUGCCUCGAAACUUGGCUUUCACACUGGAACCUGAAGAUGAAGUGUUUCUUGCUAUUGCUAAAGCAAUGGAGGAAAUGGUGGAGGAUCCUAUAGAAUGCUAUUGGCUUGUCAGUUGCUUUGUGAAUCAGCUGAACAGCAAGCACAAAGAUUCAUUACAACAACUGCCAAAAAUUCUGGAGCAGUAUUUGAACAUUGAAGAUAACAGACUCCUGAUGCAUCUGAAAGCAUGUGCUGCCAUGAGCAAGCUCCCAUAUGAUCUUUGGUUUAAAAAGUGUUUUGCAGGAUGUUUACCUGAGUCCAGUUUACAGAGGGUUUGGGACAAAGUUAUUAGUGGGUCCUGCAAGAUUCUCGUUUUUGUUGCUUUGGAGAUAUUAUUAACCUUUAAAAUGAAGAUAAUAGCGCUGAAUACUGCAGAAAAGAUCACACAGUUUUUGGAGAAUAUUCCUCAGGACAACACUGAUGCCAUUGUCAGCAAAGCUGUCGAUCUGUGGCGCACACACUGUGGGACUCCAGCACACUCAGUCUGAGAACUCUCUUUGCUUGUGACUGCUCGGGGGAAAAAAAUGACAUUUGAAAAGACAUUACAUCACUCUUCCCCCUUCCUAGUGUGAUGUUCUUCGUUAACCUAUGUAAAAAUGCUAUUAAAGCAUAGUGACCAAUUGGCA